ACAACUUUCUAGAUCAUAAAUUAGCAGACGAGUUUUCAACUGACGCAAUUUUGUAUAAUCUCGCAUUUUCUGUGAACAUUGUUAGUUGUUAAUUGUUUCAUUGGAUUUACUAAAUUAUUACCUAGCAUGUCUGCUAAUUCUGAAAUCGCCGCUAAAGCUAAAACGGAAGAUGUAGAAGUCGUAGAAGCUGUUGUAGAAGAUAAAAUAACUGAGCAAGAUAUUGAAGAAGCUGUUACAUUCUGGACAACUGAUUGCCCCCCAAUCGAAUUAGAGAGGCAGCACCCUAUAUUUUGCCGUCUACGCACAUAUAAUUCAUUAUACAUAUGUGGAACUGAUGAGUAUGGAACAGCAUCGGAAACAAAGGCACUAAAAGAAAAAAUAACGGAAAAAGAGUUGUGUGACAAAUAUAACGCUCUACAUAGAGAAAUCUAUGAAUGGUUUAAUAUUGACUUCGAUAGCUUUGGCAGAACAACAACUGAAAAGCAUACUGAAAUUGCUCAAAGCAUAUUUUGGGAAAUCUACAAUAAUAAAAAUGUUAUUAAAGAUGAAAUGGAACAACUAUUCUGUCCUACCUGUUCGAAGUUUUUGGCGGAUCGAUUUGUUACUGGAGGUUGUCCUUUUUGCAAAUAUGAAGAUGCUAGAGGCGAUCAGUGUGACGGAUGUGGCAAGUUGAUGAACGCGGUUGAACUCAUCAAUCCAAAAUGCUCUAUUUGUAAAGAAGCUCCUCAAGUGAAGAAGACAAAUCAUCUUUUCCUCGAUCUACCAAAACUUCAAGAUGAAGUAGAUAAAUACUUGGAUGAAUCAUUUGAUAAAGGAAUAUGGACGUCUAAUGCUCAAAGUAUAUCAAAAAUUUGGAUAAGAGAUGGUCUAAAACCAAGAUGUAUAUCCAGAGAUCUUAAAUGGGGAGUAACUGUACCAUUAGAAGGAUACCGAGACAAGGUAUUCUAUGUAUGGUAUGAUGCCCCAAUUGGCUAUAUUUCUAUUACUGCUAAUUAUACUGAUGAAUGGGAAAAAUGGUGGAAAAAUCCUGAAAAAGUUCAAUAUGUUGAGUUUAUGGCCAAGGAUAAUGUACCUUUUCAUUCCAUUAUUUUCCCUUGCACUCUGUUAGCUACAGAAAAAUCUUGGACAAAAGUUAAUAGCUUGAGUGCCACUGAAUAUCUAAAUUAUGAGGGUAAAAAGUUCUCAAAAAGUCGUGGCGUUGGUGUAUUUGGUGAUAAUGCCAAAGAAACCGGCGUUCCAGCUGAUAUAUUUAGAUUCUAUUUAUUGUAUAUUCGACCUGAGGGACGAGAUACUGAUUUUCAAUGGAAAGAUUUUCAAGAAAAAAAUAACAACGAACUAUUAAAUAAUUUAGGAAAUUUCGUUAAUCGCGCGCUGAAUUUUGUAAACAAGUACUUUGAAAACAAAAUUCCGGAAAUUAUUCUUAAUGAGGAAGAUAAAAAUUUACUUGCUGAAAUCAACAAAUCGAUUCACAACUAUAUAGACUCUCUCGAACAUCUCCGAAUUCGCGAUGGAAUCAAAUGGAUUUUUAAUAUCAGCCGUUUAGGUAAUCAGUACAUUCAAUCAAAUGAACCCUGGAAGAAAUUAAAACAAUCAGACGAUGAAAAGAAAAGAGCCGCCAGUGUUGUUGGCUUAGCAGCUAAUAUUGUUUAUCAGCUAGCCACUUUACUCCAUCCAUAUAUGCCUUCCAUAAGCAAAACUAUUCAGACACAACUAAAUGCCUCUGAUAGUAUUCUGACAAUUAGCGAAAAGAUAAGAUGUAACCUUAAAGAAGGACAUGUUAUUGGAAAGGCAAGUCCAUUAUUUAGAAAAAUUGAAGAUGCCGAAGCUGAAGAAUGGAGAAAUAAAUAUGGUGGCGAAAAAGAAACAAUUGACAUUAGUAAUAUUAAUGUAGAACAACUAAAAGAAGAUAUAACAAAACAAGGAAAUGUCGUACGAGAGUUAAAAACCGCUAAAGCUGAAAAAGCUAAAAUUGACGCCGAAGUACAACUUCUUAAAGACCUUAAAAAGAAGUUGACUCUUGCAACAGGAGAAGAAUUACAAGAUAAAGGAAAACAGAAGAAAAGUAAAUCUAAAAAGAAUCAAUUGAUUAAUUUUGGUGAAAAAAUAAAUAAAAAACUAUCUAAUGAAUAUUCAAAUACGAAUGGAAUUUUUAACGAUUUAGUUAAAAAGAUGAAUAAUUGGACCUUAAUCGGAAUCCUUCGAAUGGAUCCAAAUGGUAGAAUACAAUUGAUUGAUCAAACCGGAAAAAUUAAUGUUAUCAUUACGUCAAUGAUAAGCUCAAGAAAAAUGAAAUCUCAUGAGCUUAACGAUUGUCUCAAUCACUUGGUAAUUAUUAACUCUUUCUAUUGUUUCAAAGAAAUUGAAAUGUAUUCUGAGCAAAUGAACGAAUUGAAUUAUAGUCUGAUAUUUUCAAGAGAAGAUAUUAUAUUCUUAAAUGAUAAUGUCAACAAAAUAGAUUUUUCUGGAAAGAAUUUGAUUAAUUUAAUGUUUACUGUAUUAAGAAAAUCAGUUGUUACACCAGAAAUAAAGAACAUUGAAAUACAAGUAUUGUUCCAUAAUACUGAAUGCUUAUGUAAGAAGAGAUCAGAUCUUAAAGAUUGCAGAAUUAUCGUGGAAAGUCGAACGUAUUCCUCAUAUCUUGAUAUGAAUCAAAUUUAUGAAUUAUCAAUAGAAAAAGACAAUAUUACAGUUGCUUGUGAUGUAAUCGGUCUACAGUUUCGACACAUCUUAUUUAUAAAAUCAAAGAAAGGAUUAAAUAUUGAAUGCAUAGGAGAAACAGAAAAUGCUAUAAAUUCUAUUAAAUACAUACAAACUGAACAUUCGAAAAAAUGCACUUGUUCAUAUUGUUCCUCAAGUUCCAUCAGCCUAAGAGGUAUAAUAACAGCUAAAACGUCAAAAAUUGAAGUUAAUACUUCGAAUAGAUUAUACUUUCUCGAACUAAUUGAUGAAGAGAACUUGGAUACUGUUAACGUUCAGUAUCCAUCUUGUCUGCAACAAAAUUUUGUUGUGGGUAGUUGCAUUGAUUUAUAUAAUUUGGAAUAUGUUAGAAAUUCAAACAGAGUUACUAUUCAAUUUACAUUGGAUUCGUUUAAUUAUAUUAGAUAUUAUGUUAUUGACGUCAAGUCUCAUAAAAAUAAUAUUUUAAAGAAUUUAGAAACUAGCUAUCUCUGUAAAAGAGUUCAAUUUCCCGAAGAUCGUUCUGUCUUUAAGUUUAUUGGUUGCAUCCAAAAGGUGGAUAAAAUUCGUCUGAUUUUUAAUUCGGAACAAGUAGACGUUCAAGUUUACCUCAGACUACUUGUUCAAGAUGGUACAGCUUACUCUUAUAUUGAUAUUAACGAUGCGGAUCAUUUACAACUAAUACUCAAAUUAAGAGACACUAAAUGGAAAAUGCUAUUGGAAAAAUUGAAAUAUUACAAGAUAAUAGAAUACAACGGUUCUAUGGAUAGUUCAACUGAGGCCUUAGCAUUUUUAUCGCUUUCUGCCUUUGCAAUGGAAGGCCAACUGUUUACCUUUAUUGCAAAGGUUAGCCAGAGCCAUAAAAAUUCACUUCUCUCUCUAAAGGAUGGCACUCCUAUUUAUCUAAUAGAUUUACCAAAAGUUGGCUUUAACGAUAAAAGUCAAAUGUUUACUUUACCAAAUUUAUCAUUAAAAUGCCUAAAACUAUAUAAUUGUGAUGAUGAAUAA